AUGACUCCUCCCACAUGUGCUGAACGCUCAUUCCCCAGUGUCCCUCAGUGGCAGGAAGAGUCCCUUGAGGCCUCGGAGGACAUGGAUGAAGACGUGGAUGAUGAGGUUUGGGACUUGCCAUGUCCCGGCACACAUGGCAGACGACGGCGAGGCUUCUGCAACACUGGCAACGGUCACCGCAAAGAGGAGCUUCUCGGCAAGUACGAGAUGGUGAAGUUCGGGAAAGAAUUCUCGAUCGUGGACCUCGGCGAAGCUAUCGUCGCCGCUGCUGCAGACAUCAUGGGUGGUGGAGGCUCAUUCACACUCGCCCUCAUCGAGAUGUGGAUCGACGAGAUCCUCGUGAAGUUCGGCACUUCCAUUAGCAUGGACGACGUGAAGUGGCUCGUGAAGCACAUCGGAUCCCCAAAGACCCUUGCCGGCGUGUACAUCAAGCUCGACUUCUUGACCCUGAAGCAUUGGGCCGGGUGCACGAAGGAGAUCUGCGCGAAAACCAAGGGCCCCAACUCGCAUCUGCUGUACUUGGCCGUUGGUAAGAAACAGCCGGGUGGCGAAAUCGUGGUCGAUCCGUUUAAGCGAGGCUUCGUGCUUCAUCAGGGUGAUCUGGUCUGCAUCAACAAAGGGCCCACCGGAACAGGGCAGACCGAGGUGCACGUCCUGGACGCUGCGUCGGACCUGAAGAACUUCAAGCUGCACGUCGCCACUCCUUGGGGGUACACCUCAAAGGAACAGAGUGGCCAGGAGUGGUGGUUUGGCAUUAAGUCCAACGGCGACCUACUAGGUCUUCUGUUGGGGCCGCACACAGGCACAGGCAAGUCGGAAGUUCACGUACUCAGUGCUGCUUCGGAUUACCAAGACGUCGUCCUACAUGCCGAAACGCCGCUGGACCAAGUCCCUAGGUCCCAGUGGAACUUUGGCAUUGACGGUUGGGACCACCUCUACUGCAUCACCAGGUACGACUUCAAUCCGAAAGUCUUCAGGGCUCCCGUACACGCCAACUACGGGAAGUGGGACAUUCAGCAGGCGAUGAACCUGCGAACCUCCCCAAACCACUUGUGGGAGAUGGUGGUUGCGAGCAACGGGGAUGUGGUGGCCUUGUACCUACCCGGCCCAAGCGAUUUCAUGAGGGAGUGGAGGUUCUCGAAAAUGUCGAACUACCAGUCGCAUGACGGGUCCAAGCUGUCUGGUGCCAAAUGGAGCCAAACAUACCAGCAGAUCCGUUUCACCAUGAGGCGCAAUGACGACAUUCUGGGCGUCGUCAUGCAAGGCACGGGGCACAAGAAGACCGAAGCCAUCAGCUGGACGGCUGGCUCAGGCUACAAAACUACGGGCUGGUUCCAGCCACAGUCAGGUCUUCAUGAAGUUUCGCCCUCGCAGUGGGACUUCGCGAUGCUGUGA